AUGUUCUUACGGCGGCUGUACACAUUCCGGCACAACCACAACAUAAACCAUGUCUACGAAUCAAAAAAAUUUGUUUUGGUGGCCGAUCAGACAAAAAUAUACUUUUGGGACAGAAAAACGAAAGCGCUGCGGCACACAAAAACUUUUAAGACCGAGAUACAAAAAAUACACAAGUUGGAAAAUAUUGGAUGUGAUGUGCUCACAGGGUACGCUGAUGCCGAGUACAAAGGAUGGAAAGAGUGCAAAAAGUUUGUGUUUCAAUCGGUAAAGCGGCUUUUCAACGGCUCAAUCUGCAUCAAAAUAGCAAGCCUGGCGAAGGCGUGUCUUAAAGGUGCCGUGAUAAUUGGCGAUGAACACAAAAUAAAUGUUAAUGGUACACUGAUAAAGCACAAAUACGGUAAUCUGCUCGAUGUGCAGAACUUGCACGGCUAUUUCUUCGCCUCGUUUGAGAUCGGUAAAAUAUGCUGCGUACAGGAAAGGUGCUUGUUCGAAGUUUUUUGUAUCAACGAUGUGCUUGUUUCGUUCUCAUGGGACCAAAACUCGUUUUACUGCUGUACGCUCUCCGGUUUUCUGUAUAAAAUGGAAUUGACGGUGAACGCUCUCACGAGCAUCGUACGAGCGGUUCAAAAUGCUUUUGAAGACGGACAAACAGCGAACAUAAGCAUGCACGACAUCAAAGACGGGUUAGUUACUGAACAGCAGUACAAUGUAGAGGAGCUGAAAAUAAGCACACUUAUGGUUCUUGAUAGGUACACGGAUGUGGGAAGAAAAAUAAAGAAGGUUGUUGCAAAGGAUGACGUAGUGGUUUUGCACACGGUAUGUGGAAAUUUAAUCUUUUUGAACCACAACCUAGAGAUUGAGGGCUUUUUGGAGGAUGUGGACGAUGUUUUUGAUCGUGAAAACGGGAUUUAUAUUGUGAAUGGGUACGAUGUUACAGAAUUGGAGUGGGGGUGGAGGUAA